UGAGAUUUCUACAUUAGAGAAUAGCAUAUAACAAUUAUCUAAUAAUAUGUAUUUUAAAGUGGUCAAGGAGACCACAGAAUCAUCUAGUAUAUAGUAUGCUUAACAUAAAUACACUCAAGUAAAUUAUUUCCUUACUCCAACCCACAUUGAUUACUCGGUCAGAGGUGACAGAUAAGUCCAAUAAAACGAACCACUUCGAACAAAAGAGUGUUUGCUAAAUUAACACCAUAAUGUUUUAGUGUUAGUUAAAAAUGUUUCAUAAAGUGAACUGUGUUCUCCUUAUUGCUAGUGUACUUGUAAUUGGCAUCGAGUGUAAGAAGGUUUAUAGGAGAUCGAUUGAAGAUAAAGAUGGUGGGAAGAGUAGUUUGGCGUUUAUUUUCGAUACAACUGGGUCGAUGUACAAUGACUUGCGACAGCUACGAGAGGGGGCUGAAAUGAUCCUGAACACUGCUUUACAGGAGAGUGGCGUCAUCGCAGACUUUGUGUUUGUGCCGUUCCAUGACCCCUUGGUUGGCCCUGCGACAGUGACAAAGAAUAAAUGGGCGUUCCAGAGAGCGUUAAACAUGGUCCACGUUCAGGGUGGAGGUGACUGUCCUGAGAAGUCUUUGACGGGAAUCCAGCUAGCUCUGAAUGUCAGCAGACCAAGGUCCUUUCUCUACGUGUUUACCGACGCGACCGCCACCGACCAUCGCAUUGUUGGCAAAGUACUGGAUGCUAUACAACGGAAACAGAGCCAGGUGGUGUUCAUACUAACCGGUCACUGCAACGAUUUGAAGCGACCCUCGUACAAAGUGUACCAACAAGUCGCCGCCGCUAGUUCUGGCCAAAUAUUCAACUUGAACAAGACCAAUGUGCAUAUGAUGCUGGAUUUCGUAAAGAGUUCUUUAAAAGGUCGCACAGUGAAUUUAGCUUCUGUAUCAAACCCUCCGGGAUAUAACUAUACACAAGAGAUUCCAGUGGACAGCACUCUGGGAGAAGUCACGGUGUCUGUGUCGGGAGCGAAGCCGAAGAUCUCGGUGAUAGACCCCAAUGGCGAAAAACUAACUGGACCCCCUAAAUUGGUCACUCAACUUGACCUUUCCGAGAUUAUGAUAGUGAAGGUGAUGCAGCCGGAGCCGGGCAACUGGACGGUGACAGUGGGCAGUGAGAAUGAGCACUCAGUCAAAGUCGUCGGGCUGUCCAAUGUGACCUUCAACUACGGGUUCUCAGUAGAACAGCCUCAGUCCAUGAAGGAAACUAGCUACAGACCUUUGAAAGGCACAUACAACCACAUGCUGAUUUCGCUGUCUCCGCCAAACGUGACGGCUAGCAUACAGUAUGCGGAGAUAUUAACUCUAGACGGGCGCACGCUGUUCGAGUUACCCCUUAAGCGAAUUGACACCAACUUGUACAGUGCAGACCCAUUCAUUCCACCUGAUGAAUUCUUCAACAUCGCUAUCAAUGGCCAAGACAAGUACAAGCAGGAUUUGCGAAGGAUAGGUGCAACUGCGAUACAGGCCCAGUUACCAGAUGUUCCCUACCUAACAGCGUCUAGAAAGGUAGAAGCGCAUUCACACUCGCGCGUUGUGUUGUCGUGUGGGGUGGAGAGUCUGGUGCCCGUCACUGCCAUGUGGACGAAGGAUGGAACCAAAACGUAUAAACAAAUCACCAGCUUACAAACAACGUCAAUAGACUUCGUGAUAGAGAAUAUGAAAGAGGAAGAUGUCGGGACAUACAGAUGUAUCGCUCACAACAUGGCAGGGGUUAGCAGGACUAGCACGGUACUCGACCUUAUUGUUGAGGCACCUCAUAUAACUAUGGAACCGGAAAAUACUACGGAACUAGAAGUAGGCGAUACUUUAACAAUAUCCUGUACGGUGUACAGUGAAGCGCUCUUGUUAGAAAACAGACUGAUCUUCAAUGGGAGUCAAACACAUUAUGCUACUGAAAUAGACAAGGAGCCUAAUUUAGAAGGAGUGUACCGAUUUAACAAAAGUAUUAAAAUAGAUUCUGAUGCUAUUGGCUUAUACACGUGUGUCGCAGCUAACAGAGGAGGCAAAACAAACCACACGACCCUUAUAAAAUUAAAAGCAGAUCCAACUGCGCAAAUAUUAGGCCCACACACACUGUUGAAGAAGAUGAACUCUAGCAUGCAACUCGUGUGUACCGUGGAUAACGCGGGCACGGUCGUGUGGACCGCGCCUAAUGGGACCGUGGUGCGGACACGAGAUGUUACAGGACCUUCUAACGACAUGUUGGAAGUGAACAAUGUUACUAGUGAUGGUGAAUGGACGUGUUCGGCGAUUAGAGGAUCUCAUACAGGUAUCGAUAAAGUGAAUGUAAGCGUCCUAAUAAAGCCAGUGGUCAGUAUAAUUGGUUCCAAGAACAUAACGGUAUUGAACGGUACUGUCGUGGAAGUGACUUGUGAAGUGGUUGCUAAGCCAUCGCCAAGGAUAUUGUGGCACCGGGAGACUGAGGCUUUUCUUAACAAUACUAUAAGACAAAUAAAACCAAAUGUAUACCAAAGCGUAUUGAUAUUGAAUUCAAGUGCAGAUUCUGUGGCCGCCACUUACUUCUGUUUCGGAGAAAACUCAGAAGGCAUCCAUCAAGACAGUCUGACCGUCCAGGUUCGGAGGAAGAUGAAAUUACUUCAUGGGUUCGAAGACCAAUCAGUGCAGCUCUAUUAUCAAGUGGAACUACAGUGUGUUAUCGAUUCUUAUCCUUCGCCCAACAUUAUUUGGUACCAUAAUGGUACCGAAUUAGUCACUAAUAGCAAUGUACACGUUUCUGAUGACAACUCUACAGUGUAUUUAAAAAGAAUCGAGUUUAAUGACCUCGGUAGCUACACAUGUAUAGCCGAUAAUGGCUUUGAAAGUACAAUAGUGACUGGGACUAUCGGCGUCACUGGAUUGGCGGCUCCCGUUAUAUCUAAAGAGUUGACAAAAAUAACUGCGCGCUCCGGCCACUCUACUAAAAUCACAUGUAGAAUUCUUGAAGGCAUCCCAGAGCCUACAAUAUCAUGGGGAUUUAAAAAGCAAUCGUCGGAAGUAUUCGGCGCUUUACCUGCUGGCGUGAUCAAUAAUGAGAAAGAACUUGUUUUAAGUAAUACCGCGGAAGAACAAAGUGGUGUGUAUCGGUGUAACGCAGCUAAUGUGAUCGGAAAAGACGUUUAUGAUGUCAUCCUAGUAGUGCAAUAUCCGCCUCGCAUUGACAGUGCUUUAGAAGGCGUUAAUAAACCUCUAGAGGUAAAAUUGGGGAAGGGAGUGAAAUUCUCCUGCAAAACGAUGGGAUUGCCUCCCCCUAUAGUAGUCUGGACUAAGGACACACGCCCGCUGGUGUACUCUGACAACAUACUGAUUUCCGAUACAAAUGAGCUGUCGAUAAAGAGUGUGUCGGCGUACGAUUCAGGCACUUACACUUGCACUGCGACUAGUGCGGUUGGCUCUACACAUAGGAACUUCACACUGAUCGUUUACGACCCACCCAAAAUAACGUCUAGCCCUGAAACGUUACUAGAAGUACUAGAAGGGCAACGGGUUGAGUUACCGUGCAGUGCACAAGGGGUCCCAAUACCAAUAGUUGAGUGGACGCAAAAUGGUACACCAUUGUUGGAUCACAGGAAAUAUGUUGACGAAUACGGAUUGAGUUUUGUAGCCAACCUGACUGAUUUCGGAGAUUAUGUUUGCACAGCUUCAAAUGUAUAUGGGAACACUUCUGUUACGUACACAGUGCAUAUAUGGGUGCCCCCAUACAUAGCACCUCCAUUACACAGUUCAAAGGAAGCUUUGCUCGGCAGCAAUGUAACGUUGCAAUGUGACGUCAUCGGGUUUCCUGUACCCACUGUAAGAUGGCAGUAUCAAGACAGCUUACUGACGUCUAAUACUUCAGACUUAAGUACAAACGAUAUUGGAAAUUUGUACAUAACUCAAGUGAAACAUAGCCACGAAGGUUUGUAUGUGUGCGUGGCUGAAAACAACGGUGGUGUCGCUGAAAAAAGUACUUAUCUCAAAGUUAACGAACCACCAACAAUUUUAGAAGAUAAUUACACUGGCCCGUAUUUAGCUACGACUAUAGAUACAGCACUCACAAUCUCUUGCCGCGCCACAGGGAAACCUAAACCUUAUGUCGUAUGGUCUAAAGACGAAUUUUAUUUGAAUAACGAUCCUCGUUACUCCAUUGAUGUGGACGGCACAUUGACGAUCAAGUCUCCGUCGGAAGACAUGAGCGGCAACUACACCUGUACUGUGAAGAAUUCCAUCGGAGUGCUGAAUAAGACGGUGCCUGUCGAAAUAUAUUCAAUUCCAGCUCACUCGCAGUCAGAAGAGAGUUUAUCAUCAGUGACGCUGGUGGAGGGAGCUAACGCAACCGUCGAGUGUCCCAUCGCAGGCUCGCACUCACUCAAAUGGUAUAAGAAUGCCAAAGUGAUAUCAUAUGGUAAUCUUCUUUUAACAAACGUGUCGCGCCACAACGCUUCCACGUAUACAUGUGUAGCAACAAAUGCCGUGGGGUCCGCGUAUGCUAAGGUACAGGUCGUGGUUGAAUGGCCACCAGCCUUCAUAGACCAUACCACCACACAUGUGGAAGUUAUGAGAGGAGACGACUGGUAUUUCGACUGCGCUGUUGAUGCAAAACCUAGAGCUAAGACUAAAUGGGUGUUCAACUCUAAACCUCUAGUGUUUGAAGACAAGCCCCGUUUGAAAGUGAUCAAUAUACAGCCACAUAACGCGGGCGAAUACAAAUGUAUAGUCAGCAAUGUACAUGGGACGGUCAUCAAACAAUUCUCUUUGAACGUCUUGAUUCCCCCAUAUAUAUCGGAAUUUGAUAUGUUAGACGUGCAGCUCAAGGAAGGCGUUAAUGCGACAUUACAGUGCAAUGCUAAAGGAACACCAGAGCCUACACUUACAUGGACUUACAAUAAUACAAACUGGCAUGAGCAGAACUCUCAGUUGUCUAGUACGAAUAUAACGAGGCAGUCAGAAGGUAUAUACCGGUGUGACGCAGUAAAUAAGGCCGGCGCCACGCACAUAGUGUACAGGGUGACUAUAGUCGCCCGGGCUGAGGUCCAGGAUAUUGUAGCGUUCAGCAACGGAGAAGGCGUCACGGUUGAAGGAAGUUUGGAAGCUGUGCAAGGAUCACGUAUACGUGUAACGUGCAAAGCAACAGGUAAUCCGAUCCCAGAUAUACAGUGGAUACACCAAGGACGCGUAGUUAGUGAGAAUUCGUACGACAUUGACUAUGCAGACUUGAUACUUAAUGACGUGCAGCUGGCACAAAGCGGUCUCUAUACUUGCGUAGCCAGUAAUGAAGGAGGUAACCACGAGAGGAAGAUUAAAAUUGAUGUUCUUGAGCCACCAAAAAUAUUCCAAGAACUAUUCCACAAUGCAAACACGACUUCGAACGAAGUGCACCUAGAAGUGAUAUCAGGCCAAUCUUUCUACCUCCACUGCCACCCUUAUGGCAACCCUCAGCCAGAGAUCUACUGGUUCAAAGACGAUUUACCAUUAAAGUUUUUUGAUGACGCCAUGGUUUCUACGGACUUCGGUGAAGUGAUUGUAGCAAAGAAAGCGGUACAGGAACAGUCGGGAAAUUACACUUGUGUCGCUAGGAAUAAGGUCGGAAAUACAAGCGUGGUUUAUUUGGUCGAUGUGUUAGUCCCUCCGCCGUCACCCAAAGAGUCAUCCAAACAGUUGACGAUUGGUUUUGGAAAGCCACUGGUGUUAACUUGUCCAGCUAUGGGCAGUCCUUUGCCCAGCGUCAUGUGGGUAAAGCAUCCCUAUUCAGAAAUAAGUGAGAAUGAUCGAGUGCACCUUACUGAUGAUAAUUUUACUUUGGUCAUAAAUAAAACAAAAGUGACAGACGGUGGUAAGUACUCCUGCAUUAUGACAAACAAAGUCGGUACUACAGAGGUUGUAUAUGACGUCACGAUACUGAAGCCGCCAUCCAUUGCUGCUAAUGUUGGCAAUAAUCUUGUGGAGGAACACGUAGUCGCAUUGAAAAGAAGCAUUGUAUUGAAAUGUGAAGCUGACGGAUAUCCAAUGCCGAAGAUCACAUGGUUGAAGGACACACAAACAUUAAGUGAGAGUUUAUCAAACAUACAGCGUGUUUUGGGGAACAGUUUGUUGGCUAUAUGGAGCGCUGACGUCAGAGACGCGGGACAAUACAUUUGUGUAGUGGAAAAUGAAGGCGGGACUGCUCAUCGAAGGUACAAUGUGGUAAUACAAGUACCGGCGAAAUGGAGUUCGUGGACACAAUGGUCCUUAUGUAAUGUAACCUGCGGAUUAGGAUACCAGCAGAGAUCGAGGUCUUGUCAGUUUGUCGACGAUAAAAACAGAACUAUUGACAGUUCUUCAGAAUCAGAGAAAAUAAUUCUGGAUCAAUCGGCCUGUAGAGGUCCAACUGUUGAUAAGAGAAAAUGUCAUAUGCCUCCUUGCGAUGAGGACGAAUCAAAGGGCCGGUGGUCGCCGUGGUCCCGUUGGUCGGAGUGUUCAGCUACGUGUGGAGUGGGUACUCAGGCGCGGACCCGACGGUGCAAGGCUAAAGGCAAGUGUGACGGAGACAAUGUGCAGAUAAAGAAGUGUUCUGACUUACCGCCCUGUAGUCCUACUUUAGAUCAAAACAAUGAAAAUGAAGUUACUGAUAAUAAUAACUACAAUGAGGACAACAGCGACCCUGAUUCUUACCUUCCAGACUUUACCUAUGAAGUACAACCAGAAACGAUCAACUCGUAUUCCUCUCCGGACGUUGAAGAAUUUUAUAGGACAUCAGGAUCAAAAACUACUUCAGUAUUCUUCGAUGUUAUCGUGACAGAGAAUUUGGAUCACAGUGACAGAGGCCCGUGUGAUCCUGGAUAUAGGCACAAUGCCUCAUAUAAUACUUGUGAAGACAUAGACGAGUGUGUGUUGGACACGAACCAGUGUCACUCGACGCAGGUGUGCGUGAACACGGACGGGGGCUACCGCUGCUCCUGUACGCCGGGGUACCUCGCACUCGCCGCUGGACAGAGGUGUCUCGAUAUAAACGAAUGCGAGUUAGAGACUGACGGGUGUUCGCACUCGUGCGUGAAUACAGCGGGCGGGUACGCAUGCGCAUGUCCGCGACAUUUGCGCCUGCACAUAGACAAACAUCAUUGUGUUACUCCCGCGUUGUACCGGAGACCGCUCAGCGAGUUAGAGUCUGAAUACUUGAGCACAACAAUAGACUUUCCAACGAAAUACACUAAAACUAUAAAGAAUACUAAAUCUUGACAUCUUCGAUAUGGUUUUCUUAGAAAAUAAAUAAUUAUGAAAUAAAAUAUAUCUGUAACUAUGUAAUUGGUAUAAAAAAAUUAAAAAUUGUUAAUCAAAAUUUUAUUACAUUAGACCUGAAAUUAACAUACCUUUUGUGUUCAAUGGACUUAAAGUCAAAGCUUCUUUCAUUUAUAAACACCUGGUAGUCUGUUAGAAAAUUUAAAAUUAUGUAUUUAUUUAAUACUACGGGGAAAUUGUUGUUAAGUAUUGUUGUAAAUUAUUUUGGAAAUAAAAGUACGAAAUAUUAUUGUUAUUAAUGUUUAUUAUUUCUACGUGCUUAUUACUGUGUGAAUUUAGUACCUACGUAAGUACAUUAUGUAUAACACAUUCUAUUUUAUUUGGAAAUUCAUUUUGGUUAACUUUGCCACUCAUUUUAUACAUAGCGUUCAAAAUGUCAAUUAUCCCUUCGGAUUUUAGUAAGGUACUCUAAUAAAUAGAUCAUAUGAUACCUACAUUAAACUAUCUAAGUCACAUCCUUCAAUUGUAUCUAUACCUAAGUAUUUCGGUCUAGAAUUAAAGCCACGGAUUAAUCAAUAGAAAGAGUGCAAUACUUAUAAUCUGCAUAAUAUUAUAUUUAGGUGGAAAUACAAACUUUUGAGUAUUAAUAGAAAAUAGACGUUUCAGGAAAACAAAUACAAUUUAAAUGUAAUUAUACCUACUAUAGUUAGGUCUUGACUUUGUCUAUCUAACAUAAAUAGGUUUACCUAUUUCGAAACACCGACUUACAAUACUACCUAAUGGUAAAUAGAUAUUCCUUAUUAGAGUAAAUAUAAUUUAAAAUUAUCUUCUGUGUAACAAAAUACAUCUCUACAGUGUGUAAGUUGAUAAAAAUAUAUUUUGUCUAGCAUAGGCGUAGCCAGGGGGAUUGAACCUCCAAAC